AUUGAUAAUCUAACCUAAUCCGUACAAAUAUUACAUGUAAAACCGUUUGUUAACAAAUUUUGAAUAUCUGUAUACAUUUAUCCAAAACGCGGACCAUAUACCCUGACUAAAGAUGGAAUGUGUUAGAAAAGCAACUUUAAGUUUAACAUCAUCCGUGCUCUUUGCUGUAGCGUUGGUAACAAUAUGUGUACCAGUGGUAGUUCAGUCACAAAGCCUUUACCUUAUAAAUGUGACAUGUCCCGCUGGAUGGCAAAAAGCUCUGAAUAACUGUUAUCUGUUCAACACCAAUGAUCAGCUGAGCUGGGACGAAGCGAGAACAGAAUGCGCGUUGCAAAAUGCUGAUUUAAUGGUCAUCAGAAGCAAAGCCGAGCAGGACUGGAUCAUUCUACAAACGGAGGAGUACAAGACAGAUGGCUGGUGGAUAGGUCUGGUUUACAGAAAUGGUUGGCAGUGGGCGCAAUAUGGCGGUGACAAUACACUUAUAAACUGGAGAAAUGAGCCUGAUAAUUACGAUGAACAAGACUGCUGUGCUAUAAAUUCAUACGGUCUACUGAGCGACGAAUAUUGCAAAAGCAAACUUGGAUUUAUUUGUUCCUACCCUAUUAAAAGAGGAGACGAAUGCCCAUCCGGAGAUAAUUCUCGUUGGUUAAUGACUGAUACUACUUGCUUCUAUAUAUCAUCACUACUGGACAGCACUAAGCAUCUCUCCUGGAAUGAUGCCAAUACUUACUGUAAGAAUCUUUCACCUACUCAUGGUGCAAAGUUGAUGUCAAUCCUUUCUGCAGACGACAUGAGAAGUCUGAAGUCCCUCUUGUCGUCAUUCAAUAAGCCCGGGGUGCUGCUUCCCUGGUGGACAUCACUUAAUGAUCAACAAACAGAAGGGUCGUACGUCUGGGGACUUAAUGGACCUCAGGCAAAUGGUUCAAUUAUAAAUAGCAAUUGGGAUGUAGCACCAAGUGCCGACCGAACUCAAAAUAGAAAUUGUGGGAUUAUGUAUCAGGGUGGCUCCAUUGAUGACGUCACAUGUGACAAACGUUCACAUUACAUAUGCGAAAUGUCGGCAUACCAAGGUCAUUUAAACCUUGGUUGCGGAUCUUGGAUACGAGCCGGACAGUCUUGUUAUCUGUUGGGUAAUGGCAAAGGUUACACAUGGAACCAGGCGCGUGAUCAAUGCGCUCGUGCAAACGCCCAACUCGUAAAAGUAGAUGGAUUCGACGAAAAGGUUUGGUUAGAGGGUCUUAAUUUGGGCCCAGGAGGCUACUGGACAGGUCUUACUCGAGUUCAAAAUAGCUAUGGGUGGGCUUGGCAAGAUAGUUCUGUCGCUACGCCAGCUUUAAUUAAAUGGAGUACGGAGCCGAAUAACAAUGGUGGUAUUGAAGAUUGUGUAGAGAUACAUACCGACGGUCUCUAUAAUGAUCGACAAUGUGACGCUAAAGUUGGCUAUAUCUGCGAGUACACACUCCAGUAUGGUAAAAGCUGUUUAUCGGGGUGGAGCAAUUGUCAACAAUCAUGUUACUAUUUUAGUCCCGCCAAUAAUAGUUUCGCAGUCACGUGGUAUGAAGCAAAACAAAAGUGCAUGGACCUUGUGGCUGGAUACAGCAUAAGUGCGUAUAGGCUCGCAGUAAACGACAAAAAAGAGCAAGAUUGUAUAAACGGUUUAUUGCGGGCAUUGCCAGAUGGAGCUCCAGGGUACUGGACGGAUCUAAAUGAUCUCCAAUAUAAAGGGAUUUGGCGUUACGCGCUAGAAUCUAAUAAUGAACCAAAUAAGGCAGUGAUAUCAUGGGCUAAAGAGCCAAACAACUUUAACAAUUCCGAGAACUGUGCAGUAAUUUAUGAUCGUGGGUUCUACAAUGAUAUGAAAUGUGAUGCCAAAGAAUACUUUAUAUGUGAAAGAACUACAGAUUAUAUUUCUGGUUCCCGAAAGAUAUCGUCAUGGAUGUUUAUAUAUUUACUGUCCUUGUUUAUCGUCUAUAUUAGAAAUCAUUAAUAUUCGAAAACAAUAAAACAAUAACUACUUUUAACGAUUUUAUAUACAUCUAAUUCACUCUGUUGAGGCAAUUAACUGUUAAAAUGUGUAAAAAUAGAUAUUUGCUGGUUGUAGAUUACAAAAGUUUUGUUUGAAUUUUGAAAAUAAUUUAUUGAUUAUUAAAAAAUCCUAUUGUGUAGAUUUCAUUAAAGAUAGACUAUGAUCAUCCUUGAGUAAAAUAUUUUUAUUAUAGAAAUUUAAUGAAAUCUAUGUUAUUCUUACCGAAUAUGUCCAAUUUGAAUAAAUGA